GUGCUGCUCACUGGGUGAGGUCAACAACGCUGCUGCUGCUGGCGGUGUUGGUGGUGGUGGUGUUGGUGGGCGUGUUGUUCGUGUAGAUGUCCGACAACAACAAACGCCGACGGCAGAACGAACACUUGCGGUAGAGUGUCGUAGUAAACACUGCACAAUCCUCACACACCUUGGUCUGGCAGCAAGGGAGGGUGAUGAACGCCGUCUAAGGCUUGGCGUUAUAGCAGGUGACACACUCGACCAACUCGGGCUGCUGGUUGUUGGUGCCGUUCGUAUCAUACACAUAGACACACACAUCACACACAUGCUUCUCGCUGUAUUCACCUGCAUCAGUGUGCCAUCCAGUGCUGCGACGAUCGAGUCGUGGUUGUCGGGCGUGUCCACACACCAUCCAUCCUUGAUACGCGCACGCUUGAUGAUGGUCAGUUGCUGCAAACACACACACAACACAGAGAUGAACACCUUUGCACGCCGAUGGGAUGCUGUGCUGUGCUGUGUUUUCUCACCUCAUCAAACGCUUCCAGCAUGCACUUCGCACAAACAAAGCCCUUCUUGCCCGUGUGCUUGCUGGCCGUGAACUCCAACACCGACGCAAGCAGUGGGUUGUCGGUUGUCGUCUUCCACUUGGUGGGGAUGUGGUCGGCACACACACGAGCCGAUCUGGUGCCGUCACGACACCGAGGCGAACAGCACACGAUGCUGGUCUUGGUGAGGGACUUGGAACACCCGCCGGUGAUGUCAUACACGUCCUUGUGCAUCACGCAUGGCUCUCCCUCGAUGUAGCGAUACGUGUCGCUCGUGUUGACGAAAUUGAGGAAGGCGGUGUUGCAAAUCUCCUUGACCAUUCCGUCAGGGUGCUCUAUCAUGCCGUCCUUGCUCUUGCCAUCGGCGAGGGGUGCGUGGAAGUGCGGACAGAACGUGAUGGGCGUUGUUUGCCCACCAAGGUUGAUAGUCGAGGUCUCACGCCACCCGAGAGGGGGAAAGUCCGUGCGUUUGGGAGCCAUGAGGAGGGAGGGAGAGUCGG